AUGGCGUCGAGUUCUAACAGAGGCGGGGAUUUUUACGGUACAGGUUCUUACAGAUCGAGGGAGGGUUUAACUACGAGACAAGUAGGGGCAUCGGAUGAAAUACAGUUGAGGAUCGAUCCCAUUCACGGUGACCUCGAUGAUGAAAUCUCCGGCCUUCGCAAACAAGUUCGUCAGCUGAGGAAUGUAGCCCAAGAGAUUGAGACAGAAGCAAAAUUUCAGAAUGAUUUUAUCAAUCAAUUGCAAAUGACCCUGAUUAAAGCUCAAGCAGGAGUGAAGAAUAACAUGAGAAGAUUGAAUAGGAGUAUUGUCAAAGAAGGCGCGAAUCAUGUUAUGCAUGUUGUUCUGUUUGCGCUGGUGCUUUUCUUUGUGGUUUACUUCUUAUCCAAGCUCUUCCGAAGGUGA